CGCUUGCUUCAACGCAUACACAUACGAUAUAAUUUUUCUGCUGAAAAUUUUGUGAGAAAGUUAGUUUUGCAAGCUGAGCUGCUCAACGAACAUAAAAUAAAAUUAAUUCAGCAUUAUUUUUUUGUUUGUUGGUUUACAAGAAGAGCACAGCCGUCGUCGCUGUCGCCGCCCGUCGCCAUCUUGUUUUGUAUAUUGUGUGGAAAUAGAUUUUAAUAUUAUUAUUCACGCGUUGCAGCACACAAAUAAAAAAAACGAAACAAAAGAAUAAUCAAGUCCAAAUAACGCGUGAAAUUUGAAAAAAUCGCGUACGCUCUCAAGAUAUUCAAGCCCAAGCAAUUGAUCAUAACGCAAGAACCGUGGACGACGCCGCAGCCGAAACCGUCGCCGUGAUGCCCGGAGCCGGCACGUUUAAGUUGUUCAUCGGUAAUCUCGAUGAGAAGACGCAGGCAACGGAACUGCGGGCGCUAUUCGAAAAAUACGGUACUGUCGUCGAAUGCGAUGUGGUGAAGAAUUAUGGGUUUGUGCACAUGGAAACGGAGCAGCAGGGUCGCGAUGCCAUACAGAACUUGAACGGUUACGUGCUCAAUGACAACGCCAUCAAGGUCGAGGCCGCCAAGAGUCGACGCGCCCCAAAUACGCCGACAACGAAAAUCUUCGUUGGGAAUCUAACGGACAAAACGCGUGCGCCCGAGGUGCGUGAAUUGUUUCAGAAAUACGGCACCGUCGUCGAGUGCGACAUUGUGCGCAACUAUGGUUUUGUGCAUUUGGACUGUGUCGGUGAUGUGCAGGAUGCCAUUAAGGAAUUGAACGGUCGCGUUGUCGAUGGCCAGCCACUCAAGGUGCAGGUCUCAACCAGUCGUGUGCGGCCCAAGCCGGGCAUGGGCGAUCCGGAGCAGUGUUAUCGUUGCGGCCGUUCCGGUCAUUGGUCGAAAGAGUGUCCGCGUUGGACAGGUACUGGUGGACGCGAGCCGCCACCACCGCUCAGUGCCGGUGGCUACAGAGAUCGCAUGUACAGUCGUGAUCCGUAUCCGCCACCACCACCGCCGCCGCCAUUCCUGCGUGAUCGCAUUAUGGACGGCUUUAGGGACUAUGAUUAUUAUGACCGUCGCUUUGAGGACUCACGUGACAUGUACGAGCGACGCUAUCAGACAUCGCGUAUGCGAGAUUUCCCACCGCCGCCAAUAUCACGUCGCGAGCCCAUGCCGCUGCCCCCACCGUUGAGCGGCAGCCUGCGUUCGUGCAGCGUUUCCCGUGGCUAUGAUACUCUAUUCAGUCGUCGUUCUCCGCCGCCGCCGCGGAGCAGCAAUGGCAUGAGUCGUUAUGGCUCGCCAACACCGCAUGGAUAUGAGGACUUCAGUCGUGACUCCUUCGACGAGCGCAUGAUUUCGUCGCGAGGCAUGCGUGGUCCAUCGCCUCCGGGACGUCGAUAUGCGCCUUACUGAGAUGAGUUGUAUUAUCACGGCAGUAGCUGAGUGCCGCCAGUGGCUGCUUUUGGCGGUGCAUUUGGAACAACUGCGCCUCCAACUCCACAUCUAACUACUCAUCCAUAUCUACCAAUUUAUAACUACAACAACACUUUCAGUGGUGCAACAUGUUGGUUUCUUUGCUGGUCGCCAACGCAUCAUCAGCAACACCUACUACAGCAGUUGCCGUUUCUACAGAUGUGGAUGCAACCGUACUGGUAGCAUUGCCACAUGCCACGAAAUUGAACUAAGCAGUAACGUAAGGCAUAACAAUUUAUGAUAGAAAUCCCCCUCUAUAUAGUCAUCCAUUUCUCAUACUAUUCAUACAUUAAAAAAUAAAAAACAUUUGUUUGACUGAUAAUGACGACAUCGGAGUAAUUAGGCAUGUAUCCAUAUUAUAUUCGUUGCGUUCAUUAUUUCAUCAAAAAAAUAAAAAAAUCAUUUUACGCGUAAACUAUAAAAAUCGAAUUGGAUAUGUGCGAUUAAUAAUAAGUCCAAUAAAAAGCAACAAGCACAAAUAAUUGUGCUUUUUUGGAAAA